AUGAUGUUACUGAAUCAUCUACCAACUUUUGUAGUAUAUUCAAACAUCAAGGAAAUAUUUCAAUUAUUCAAUUCAAUUUUUGCAAACAAUUUAAAACCAAUACAUAAGAUAAUCUAUGAUAUACUCAGUAAAUUAUUAAAACAUUUCUCUUCUAAUCUCAUACUUGAUGAAUUAUGGAUAUAUUCAAAGAAUCAAAAUUUUCGUAUACGUACAAAUACACUUUAUAAUAUUACUAAAACAAUCCAUUAUAUUGUACAAUGUUUGAAGGAUAAAAGUGGGGCGGUACAGACAGCAGCAAUUGAAUGUUGUGUCAUCCUAGAAGGAUUAUGUAAUAAGAAUUAUCCUUAUAAUGAAAUAUCAAUUUUGCAUACGAUUGAAAAUCUUCUACUUGAAGAAAUGUCUGUUAUGGAAGUCAAUUUUUUAUUACAAAAAAUACAAAAUUCCAUAGAAUAUCAUAAGUAUAAUGAUCAUUGGAUUGAUCAGAUUGAUUUGAUGGAACUGGAUAACAGUCAGCAAAAACAAGAAUUCACUAGGAAUCAGCAUUUCAUGAACACUUUGCAAACCAGUGUAAGGAAGAACUCAAAGCCUUUAAAAAUGAGACCUGAGUUAAUUUCAACAUGUAACUAUCCAUUGACUGAAUCCUUCAGGUAUCCUUAUUCCGAUAUUUGUUCAGUCUACUCACCAUCUUUUCAUCAUGAUCUUAAGAGAUUAUACCCAGUGAAUUACACCAAUCGUAUCAGGAAGAAGAAAAUACGAAGCACUGAAAUGUACAGAACGUUAUCUAAUCAAACAGAUUUCAAUAAUGAACCAUAUCGUCAGUUAAAUGGGUCUUACUUAGGUAUCUCUGAACAGCGUAAACAUUUGAAGCCUAGAAAAUUAGAUAUGAAUCAAUCUAUUCGUCAAUAUGUUGAUAAGAUGAAAACCAUGAAGGUUUAUAGGCUGAAUCAACAUCAACCAAGUUACCAAAGAAGAUCUCAUACUCUACCAUAUACUAAUACGACUGAAGAGACAGCAAUAGAUAUUCAUGACACGAUGCAGAAUGUUACAAAUUCAUCCAAUAUCCAAGAAAUGGAUGAAGAUUGUUCAAUAAAUUGGCGCAAUCAACACGAUUACUUUGAGAUAAAUAGAGGUCUUGAAAGUUUGCGUACUUCAGUAUCACAUAGACGUAAACAAUUUUUAACAGAUCAGUUGAAUAAGCUGAACAGUGAAACAACUUUGAGAGGAAUCAGUAAUGAUCAAUUAUCCAAUUUGAAGAAAAUUAAUACUGAAAAUGAUAAUUGUUCAUUAUUUAUCAACUCAGAAAUGUGGAAUACUCAAGACAGUAGUGUUUACUUACCAAGAAAAUUUCAUAAUGAUGAAUUGAAUGAACAAAUAUGCAAGAGUAGUGAUCAGAUGUUGCCAUAUAAUUGGAGAAAUGAUGUACUUUGUUCAACCAAUAGACGAUUCCAUACAGAGUCAGAAAAUUUGACAGGUAGUAAGAUGUAUCGAUUCAACAAUGAUAUUCAUAGACAUCGGUAUCGAGAAGAAUCUGCAAUCAACUGUAAUGACUAUGAUAAGAAUGUCGAUCAGCGGAAAACUAUUUCACAACAACAACAACCACAAAAUGCGACAUAUUUACCCCAAGUUAAAAAGAAAUCACCAGAUUAUCAUAGAAGACGACGAAAAUCUAAAAUGUUGACAUCAACUAAUCAAAAUAAAUUACCAAAAAUGAAAUCAAUUGAAGAAGAAAUUAUUCAUAAUUUCACAUCUAAUAACUGGGAAGAUCAAAUUAAAGCAACAAGUAGUAUACAAGACCUAUUGAAAACAAUGAAUGUAAAACCAUUAGAGAUAAUAUUCAAUGAUACAAAGUAUAUGCAUCUACUAAUCAAUGGAAUUGAGAAAACUAUCAAGUGUUUACGUUCACAAGUGUGUCGUAACGGUCUGAAAACACUUCAUCAACUAUGCGAUUACUUACAACGUGUAAAUCAAGGUUAUCUACUCAAUGCAUAUUCAGAGACAAUAAUUACCACCUUAUUAAGUCGGAUAAGUGAAGAUUCUAGUACAAAAUUCCUUCAACAGGCAUCAUUUACAACUUUGGAAGCUUUUAUGGCGUGUAUAGAUGAAGCAAAAGCGGUUCAAUUAAUGUGUACAAAUUUAUGGGAUAAAUUUACACGUAGUAAUAUACGCCGAAAUACAAUUGCUAGAAUGUUAAACUAUAUAUUUUGUAAUAAAUUACAAAGUGGAAAGAAAAAUGGUGUACUAUUCAAAAGAUUAGGAAAUGAUGGUGUAGAACGUCUUAUCAAUGUUGUACAUCAGUUGACAAAUGAUAAAAUGACAAGUACCAGGUUGUACGGACGCAAAAUUCUUGAACAACUCAUGCUAAUUACAGACAUCAAUCAGAUUUAUAAGAAGGUGUUGGAUACCAAAGCAUAUUGA